GGGCGAGUGCAUGUGUAUGCCAAUACUGUGGAUAUGCGACAACUUUGUUCCAUUUCUCUCAAGCGUAUAUCACUUUUCGUUCGGUGUCGCUGUCGCCUGAUUAUAUUAGAUGAUGAACAUGGUGCAUUUAUAAUAUUCUCCGUCGGGAGACGCAUAGGCAUAGCCUCUACUAAAGCGUCUACAUCUGGCCGCUGAUCAUUUGUAAUCUGUCUCGGUCUUUUCUUGGCCCGAAGUCAAUGUCAGCAUUGAUGAAUCUCGGUUGUUUCCUCCUGAUUCCUCGUCGGUGCGCGCGUUGCUGAUGUCUUGGGUCUCUCGGUGAGCAUGGCAAGAACAGCGGCCUCCGUUGUCGAUAUUAGAAGACAUACUCGGUCAAUAUCAUGUAGAUGCCCUCGUUGAGGUUGAUGCGGAGUUGUCGCUGCGCUGCUCAUCAGGGUAAGCAGCGACUCUUCUAACAUGCUGGUGUUGUUGCGAAUAACCAUCCUCACUCGCAUUGGCACUGCAGGUGGACCUCUCUGCUGUAGCAAAAGUAGCGUUUGAUCCCCGUACCCGUUAUUAUUUCCCGAUUUGAGUAACGCACUCGCACUCGAUACCAAUUUCUUUGAUUUAUAUUGCAACGGCAAGUACUACAAAGUACCUAGGGCCAAGACAAGGUCACAUCAGAUGCAAUGACUCAUCGCCCUUGCGCUGGACGCAUGGUGAGGUCGAUGCUUCUUGGUUGAUUAUGAUUUCGAUUUCCAUGCGUUGAUCAUGUUGAAAUAAAGUUACAGAAGCUGCAAUUGGAAUAGUUGCAAACAAGAAGAUAUCAGGAUACAACUACAACAGCAGUUAUCGGGUCGACAAAGCUACACCUAUAGCCCCCCGGGGCCCAGACACGGCGUGAGCAUGUACUACGCUCCUGAGCAAGAAAUGAUGGGGCCCACCUCUUACGGAUACCCAUCCCAGGAAGGAUAUGGAUACAAUGGCAAAAAAGGCAAAGGGGCCGCAAAAGGCUGGAAGGGUGGAAAGGGCCCUGGUUACUACGGGAAAGGCGGUAAAGGGAUGAACUACGCUUCACAGUACCCGGCAGACUGGGACUUCAUGGGUGACGGUCCUGUCAUGAUCCGGCAGCAAAUGAAAAUGACGGAACUUGUGGCACAGACGGUUGGCAUUGAUUAUGACGCGAAGAAUAAGUACGUUUUGGAAAACACGGCGAUGGGUGAAGACCUCCUCAUCAAUGAGGAGUCGAACUUUUUCGAACGGCAAGCUUGCGGCAACCGGCGCGAGCUGGACUUUUAUCUUCACGCUGGCCCGACGAAGGACCACGAGGUUUUAUUGCAGAUGAAGAAAAACUUCCACUGUGUCGACUGUUGCCCGCUCAUGCUGUGCAUGCGACCCGAAUUGCAGGUGAUUUCGCCCUACACCGGGGAAAUCGGAAAGGUGGUCGAUCCCUUCAACCUCUGCUGCAACAUCACCUGGAACAUUUUUGACUACGCUGGGAACAGCUACGGGGGUGUGGACUACACGGGGCAAAAUACCUUUUCUGUGGAGGGAAAUUGCUGCCAGUGUGGCUUCCUCUUCUGCUACGCAUUGCAAACUACAAAAAACAUGUCUGGGUGAUCUGGAAGAGUGCUGCAAGAAGUGGGUCAACAAGAACAUGCUUGUCUCGCAUAAACGUGGUCGUAGGGUAGUUUAGUACAACACACUGCGAUGUGGCGAGGGCAGGGAAAAAGUAUCGCUCUUGCCUGUCAUGCAAAAACGCAGGUUGCGUUUGCCAUGCGGAAAUCGAAUCACGUUCCAGCUCAGAAACUUGUCAUGCCUGGCUGUGUAUUCCAGUGCGCUCAUCACUUUUUGCAAGCUACCCCUAGCAUUACAACCUGAACCUUCCCGACCCUGACCCAGACAUUACUUUCAUUCCAUAGCUGCCCCUGCUGCUGCGACGCCGAGUUUGAAAUCAUUGACUUGUAUCAGACAGAAAAACAAAAAGGCAGACAGAAAAACAAAAAGUAAAAGGCAUUAAAUGCCAAAAAAGAAAAUAUUUGACAUGAGAAGUAAAAGAAAAACUUGUCACGGGCGAGCCCAGCAACACUACGCAUGCUGUUUAGGAAACGCGACUAGUUUUUGCAUUACCACUAUCAUGCCCUGCCUGCUUUUUUCUUUGGGAUAACGCGAAAUCGCACGGCCCGAGUGGGCGGCUGGUGAAGCGCGCCGGGGGCAUCAAGGAAUGUUGCUUCCAGGGACAGGGCGAGGCCUUCGAGAUUUUCUUCCCCCCCUACGCGGAUGCGCAUGACUAUGAAAGCGCCAGGACCAAAUUCGGCAGAGUUAAAAUGAUUUGCAACGCAUGUUUGUUGUAAUUAGUACCAGUGCAGCGGGAGGCCCAAUGUCUUUCUACUUAGUAAGAGGCGCAUGACAAAUUGUUAUGCUGUUUGGGCACUAAAAGCGGCCGCGGUCUCCGUAACAAUUCGUGCUAUUUUCGUAUCUCGAUCUCCAAUCCCAAAUAGCUUUACCAGCAUCGCCCACACUUGCGUGCCCUCCAACACAGGUUGUUUGUCUAUUUCCAACCUUUCCUCUUUGCAUAUGACGAAACCUUUUCGACUUUGUCGACGAGUUCGAUCCUGACGCUACCAUAAUGACAAGCAACUGCUGGUGGGGCUCGGGCUGCUUGUGGAUAUGGUUUACUUCGAAAACGGGCUAUCCUAUGUAAAAACGUCCCCACCACAGAAUUGUAGUCAUGCAAACCUGCGAGUCUCAGUUGUUGUUUCUCAUACGCAGCCAUAACCAUAAGAGGAGCAUUUUCUGAUGCUACUUGGGGUUGGGAGUUCGAGUUACAGACGCUAUGCGCUGAUCGAUUUCUCAUGCGGCUCCACUAGCUAAAUACGAUUACACUGCGAUCCGCCCAGAGGACGACGUGUCAUGCGUGACAGUCAAAAUAACCUGUUGGCUUGUGUAGCAAAAUAAGUAUCCAUCCUGACGAUGACUCUUGGGUGGGGAUGACAUUUUUACUCAGGACAAAGGCACGGCGGCAUUUACGACAUUGGCGAGGCAUAAUUUCAGUCACACUUUGUUGUCUACUUCGAUGGAGGUCGUCCUCAGCUGUUUGUAUUUGAUCGGAAGAUGAAGAUGUGGAUGUGUUCGAAAAGCUCGAGCCUGUGUAUCUAUGACUAUUAUACUUGGUCAUGUUGCUCCUAUGAAAGUGCUAACCCUAACGUUCUCACUUGACAGAACGAACACGAGGACACAAGUAUAACUUGCAUGAAUCUCCAGGAGGCGGCGCUCCAGAGACUGCUUGUGAGAGGCAUGAUGAACUACGACGGCGCAGGAAAUUAAGUACAUCUUGCGGCAGGUCAGGCUGCUUACAAUUGAUACUCGUCCAUCAACCCCUUUUACGUCGAGACAUUUCCAGCUGUUGUUGACUUGAAAUUAUUUGCACCGGAUAUCAGGGCCGAUCAAGUGGCGGAAGGUGGUGGAGUGGCUGCUUUUUCUGCUCAAAAUGCGUAGUGGUAGUGCAGAAGAAACAUCGUCCAUGUCCACCGCGGAACUACAAACGUCGAUAUUAUUGUUGAGGAACCACACUGGGGGCCGAAGUACGAAACAUCUUUACGAUCAAGCGGUUCCGCCCGACUCACUCCACCGAGUGAAAUUUGUUGCCGAGUUUCAGUACUUUCUGUCUGGCCCGGGCUCCUUGUGCUGCAAUCAGAGUCACCGUACUGUAGGAGUAGAAGAAUUAGGAAC